AGCAUUUAGCAUAGAGAAGCAGGCACUCACUCAACAAUCAUAACAAUCUCCCUCCUCACAACCGUGACAUACAUUACAUACCCAAAAUGUCCUACACAAUCCGCCUCAGCAUCCGCAACAGCACAACAGACACGCUGACAGUCGUCGAAGAGGCCUGCUGGCACUACGCCAACGGCGGCACCUGGACGGCCGAACAACAGAACGGCGAGUACGUGCUGACGAUGGGCGGCAGCGGGACGUCGGGCAUGCUGCGGUUCCAGUCCUCGUCCGGCGACCUGUUCACGCUUGUGCUGGGCGUCCACAACUACCACCCCUGGGGCGACGUGCAGGUCAACCUCCGGCCUGAGGACACGGCCGCCCGCAUGCUUCCGGAGUAUUACAGCGGGGGGAAGUACUCCGGCGAUGCGCAUGGGGGGCUGAUGAAUGUGGUUACGGCGCGGCAGCGGAUGGUGGGGUUUGUGUUUGAGGGGACUGAGGGCCAUGACUUGUCGGCUGUUAUGUUUUAUGAUGUGGAGCCGGAUCGCAGGGUUUAUUGAUCCCGUUGGAGUUCAUAUCUGGGUAUGGGUUGACUUCGGCCAGGAGGCUGAAAGGAAGGGGGGUUCCGGGGGUUCUCCCCCGGAAUACUUUAUUCUAGUAUUAAGAUUGAGGUGACCAGGAAGCUGAAAGAGAAGGGGGGUCCGGGGGUUCUCCCCCGGAACGCUUACUCUAGUAUUGUGAUUGAGGGCGGUAGUAGAACU